GGAGGAGGACAGGGCCGCCUAGCGCAGCGCAGCAGCGGCCACAGACAGCACGGAGCCCCGCUGCCUGCCGGAGGAGAACCGGAGGACCAUCCGCUGCUGCUCAUCCAACUUUCCCUGAACUUUAACUCAGAGUUUCCCUCUCAGCCCAGACGGAACCAUGCGAGUCGCUGUGCGUAAAGACGCAGUGAGGAGCUGAAAGUUUGGAGAGACUCGGACUGGAGUGAUUUGGGCCGUUCGGAACCAUGCCGCGGCCCGGCAGGAACACGUACAGCGACCAGAAGCCGCCCUACUCCUACAUCUCCCUGACGGCCAUGGCCAUCCAGAGCUGCCCGGACAAGAUGCUGCCGCUCAGCGACAUCUACAAGUUCAUCAUGGAGCGCUUCCCCUACUACCGGGAGAACACGCAGCGCUGGCAGAACUCCCUGCGCCACAACCUCUCCUUCAACGACUGCUUCAUCAAGAUCCCGCGCCGGCCGGACCAGCCCGGAAAGGGCAGCUUCUGGGCGCUGCACCCCAACUGUGGGGACAUGUUCGAGAACGGAAGCUUCCUGCGACGCCGGAAACGCUUCAAGGUAGGCGGCGUGCCGGUGCCGGACCCGUUGUGCCCCAGCAAGCCACAGGACGCCGCGCACUACCUGCAGCAGCAGGCCAAGCUGCGGCUGAGCGCGCUGCACGCCGCCGCGCAUCUCCCGCAGGUCCCCGCGGGGUACGGCCUGAGCUCCACGCAGCCGUCCAGCUUCAAGCACCCGUUCGCCAUCGAGAACAUCAUCGCCAGAGAGUACAAGGUUCCCGGCGGACUGGCCGCCUUCCCGGCCGCCGGCUACCCGCUGCACAACCAGCUGAGCCCGGCCUGGCCGCACAUGUACGGCCCGGGCGUCAUGGACCCCGCGGCGCCCCUCUCCGGGGCGCCCGCGGACUACUCGGCCUACGGCAUGCCGCUGAAGACGCUCUGCCACGGCGGACAGACUCUGCCCGCCAUCCCGGUGCCCAUCAAACCCGCACCCGGCCUGCCCGCACACAUCCCGGCCUUCCUGGCCCACUCCCCGCGCUCCCUGAGCCCGACGUCUCCGCAGACCGCCGCCGGCCAGAGCAGCCCGGCCGGGCCCGCAGAGCCGCUGCAGUCCGCGGUGGCGGUGCACUGAGCGCCGCGCUGCGCCACGCAGGACCGCAAGACUCGGGGCAAGCUGCGGGUUCGUGUCUGUUAAUGAGACCUCUGACCUUCCACGGAGCCCGGUUCGGAUCUGGAGGUUCGGUGGGUCCAGCAGAGACCCACCGAACUGAAGGAAACUCAUGAGUGAAACCGAACUUUAUCAGAACUUCAGAGGAAAGUUCCGGGAAAAAAAAUUACUUCAGUUUGUUUCUAAAACUGAGAGAACAGUUCUACCGAACGGAACCACGACGGAGAAGCACUUUGAAGGAAGAACCAGAGGCCUCGCUGUGUGUGUGUGUGUGUGUGUGUGUGUGUGCGCGCGCGCGCGCAUGCUGCUGUAAAAAUGUUCCUGAGCAUCAAAAAGCAUGAAUCGUCUGCAGCUCCUCUGUUUGCUUCAUUCUCUUGUUGUUGGUGGAAAAAUUUAAAGAACAUAUUUAAAAAAUGUUUAAUUUAUU